AUGGGCGGGGACGGCAUAUGCGACGUGAAUGCCAUGCUCGUGACCGAAGGCUACGGCCCCGUCGUGACUAGCCCCGGGCACAGUGGUCAUAAGUGGAACGACUACGUCGAUAAGCAAGCUGACCUCGGCAGGAGCGGCGCGAGGGAUUGCGACGCACCGGAGUGGCAAGACGAGUCUAUCCCAACAGACGCGGACGACGGGGAGAGCAGCACCGUGGGCGACGACGUGGCGCGACACAUCGGAGACAACAAGGGGAUCCGACGUGAAAGAGCUAUCGACAUUGACGUUGACCCAGCCGAUUCCACCGAUGUCGACGUCAUCACCUCCGCGGCUACCGCGCUUUCGCUCGACGACACCGUGGAGAAUCGCACCGAGGACCUUGCCGAGGCGAUAGGCCGAAUCACUUUGGGCCCCGACCCCGCCCCCACCCCUCGGGCUGCACCGACUCCCCCGGGCACCAUCGUGAACUCGGUGGCCUGCGAGGACGCGGUCAGCACCGGGCCGGAUCUCUUCUGA